AUGGAGGACAUUGCAGGUCGACCGGAAGAGUCUGGAUCUGAGGCUCCUGUUGCGGAACAGAACAGCAUUUUCAAAGCUCGAAUGGAGCAAUUCAAAUAUUUUCCAUUGAAACAAACAGAUGGAACGCGGCGGUCCCCUCGACUUGCCAGUCCACGUGCAUCCAUUCUCUCCAAGUCGGCGAGCGUGUCUCCGUUGCCGAGAAAAAGGUCACGCAUGCAGGAACAGGACCAGAACGAGGAGAAUGAUGAGAAUACUGUCGAAGUUGAGGAGGAUGGUCCAGCAUCCGAGCCCUCGACGGCCGAAGCAAGAUAUACGGCGCUAAAGUUCAAGAAGAGAAGGAGCACAACUAAAGAGCGAUCAUCGCAGGAUCCGCACAGUCCAGUCAACAACCUGGUGGACAGUCUACGGCCUGGUCUGACACUCGUAUGCAUCGGCCUCAACCCUGGCCUCAUGACAGCCGCAACGGGCCAUGCUUAUGCUCACCCUUCUAAUCGGUUCUGGCACCUACUUCAUACUUCUGGCAUUACGCCCAAGAAACAUCUCCCAUCCGAGACGAGAGAUCUGAUGGAUCUUUACCAGAUCGGCAAUACGAAUAUAUGUGCACGGCCUACCAGGAGUGGCGAUGGUUUGAGUAAGCAGGAAAUGGAGGAAGGGGCUGUCAUUCUUGACAAGAAGAUUGCGCUAUAUAAACCGGAGGCGGUGGUGAUAGUUGGAAAAGGCAUCUGGGAAGCUAUCUGGAUGGCUAAGAAAGGUCAAAAGAAGUUCAACGAUCCGAACUUCCACUGGGGAUGGCAAGACGAGGAGAUGCAACUGGGCAGGGUCUGGGAAGACGGCCAUCUCACGUGGCCUGGGGCAAAGACAUUUGUGGCCACGUCUACAAGUGGGCUGGCGGCAACUCUGACUCCAGCAGAGAAACUGGCCAUCUGGAAGCCGCUGGGCGACUGGAUAACGUCAAGGCGCCAGGAAUCCAGGGCUGGUUGA